AUGACGGGCGCCACGUCCUCCGCGACACUCAACUCGAUUCUGACGACGGAUUCACCGUUGCCGCUACCUUCCUCCAAACCUUCGAAAGCGGCGUUGGGAACAGCCACAACCACAACGACGCCUUUGGUAUCGACAGCUGGUCUACCCACGAGUUCUACCCUUUUAACAACAUCAACGAUCACAACCACAACGACAACCACAGCAACUCCGACGUUAUCAGCGGCAACAAGCAUACCCAAUGGCCCGUCAAGACCCACAACAGCAACUGUCCCAGCCAAACGCAAACAAGGCGACGUUGAGGGCGGGUUUGUCGAUGCCGAGAGGGGCCCAGGGCAGGUGUAUGGGCUUGGGCUAGGGUACGGGCGUGCGUCCGCAUCCUCGUCGUUGGCGAGGUAUGAGGCGGCGGGUCACGGUGGUCAUAUCAGCCAUAUCGGUAUCAACAGCCACAGCAGCAACAAGGGGAAAGGCAAAGCCAGCCCGCAUCCUACGAGCGCCAGUGUACUGGCGCACCGCCCAUCGACACCGUCGUCCUCGUCCUACCAGCAGUCCCAUCAGCUGCACCCGAACACACAUACCCCGACAAACAUGUAUUCACAUCCACAGCAUCUUUUGCCACCACCUCCGAUGGCACCGCCUUCACCUACACCUCCGCCGGUAUCAACGUCUGCGAGGGGACGGGGUGGAACGCAUGUACCCUCUCAAAGUCCUGGGUCGCCAGCGCUACACCAUGCUUCUGCGUCUACGGCUGCACCGCCACGUUCCACAUCAUCUCCAUUCCCCGCGCCUGUUCAACCACUACCGCAAGCAACCUCGAUCUCGACCUCCAUUCCACAAUCACAACCUCCAUCAAAAUCCCACUUUCAACCACAACCGCCAUCCCAGCCACUACCUCAGCUAUCUUCGCAAGCGCCCGAUAUAUCCACCGAACCCAUCGACUGUAUCUGUACCAUCACCUACGACGAUGGGUUCUCGAUCGCGUGCGACAGGUGUGGGCGCUGGUGUCAUUAUUUCUGCUUCGGCAUUCCUGCAGAAGGACCCGUACCCGAGACGUUCUUUUGUGCGUUUUGCGUGCCUCGGGGGUCAAAAGGUAGAGAGGGAGAGGAAAAAGAGCGGGCGAGGAGGAGAAUGGAGGGCCGGCUGAGGGCAUUGGGUGUUGGUCUCGAUAAUGGAGGGAAUGGGAGAGGAUGGGAGCCUGGAGGUGAUUAUUUCUCAAUUAUGGGUUCAGCAGAGCAUGAUGUAGAGAUGACACCGUAUUCGCCUUGGAGCGCGGAUGACCCACAUCAGCAGCAGGCGCACCACGGCGGGAAGCAGAGGCGAAAGGUGAGCCCUGGUGUCGAUCGUAGACGACGUCCGAGCGCGGCAUCCGCUGCCACACCUGACGGCGCGCAUCUCUCCGUGACAUCUGCUGCACCAGGAGGGGGAAAGAAGAAACGCAGAGGCUCCCUUGCGCAACCGAAUACGCCGUCGCCGCUUGUGGGCGCGCAUAGUCCCGGGGCGGGUAUGGGUGUGAGGUUUUUGACGCCUAACGGUCACGGACAAGGCAGCGAGGAGGAGUACCAGCGCUCGAACCCGCAUUACGUCCAAGGUGGGUUUGAGCCGUCUCCUUUUGCGAGCCAUACACCGGGUUAUGGCGUGGGUAUCAGCGCCAACAAUAGUAGUACCGGCUUUUACCAGUCUUCUUCGUCUUCGGCGCAAGGCCCUUACCCACCUUCGUUGCCACCACCUCAACCUCUGACUCAGCCACCAUCUUCAACGUCUACUGCGCACGCACAUGCAAACAUUGUCACUACUCCACAUACACCUGCAGACGAACCGUGGAAGGAGACUUAUGUACACGUCACGCAUGACGUUGUACCUUCUGACGAGACACGGCGACGACUGAGGCGACAGGCGCGCGGUUGGCGUGGAGUGAGCGCGGUUGGCGAGGAUGGACUUGGCCACGAACCCGCACCUGCAUCAGAAGCAUCAAAGACAACUCUACAUCUCCUCCCUUCCACAUCCACAUCUGCCUCUUCCUCGAGCACAUCUCCCUAUCCACCCGCGCUGCUCGCGCUCUCCCCCGCACACCCCGGCGUGCUGCCACCGCUAUACUGCGUAUUGGCUUCGAAAGGGAUACAAGCGGGCGAAUUCGUGGCGCCGUUUCAUGCGGAGAUUAAGAGUUCGGCGGAGUAUGUGAAGGAUGUGUUGAAUGGGUAUGCGGGGGCCGGUAUGCCGCGGCCGGGUGUGCAUUUUGUGAGCAGUGGUGACAAAGGCACCGCCAAAGGAAAGGGCAAGGAGAAGGAGAAUGCGGGCGCGGACAAAGGUAAAGGCAAAGGACACCUUGAUCUUGCUCUCGAUGCGCGUAUGGUUGGUGGCGAAGCGCGCUUUGUGCGCAGUGGAUGUCGACCGAAUGCGGUGCUCCGGCCGCGGGUGUGUGCUGAUUCCCAACGGAAGGCGAAGGCGAAGGAGGAUUUGAAGAAGGCGGAGAAUGAUAAGGAGAGGGAGAGGGCGAAGAGGAAGGCAAAGAGGAAGAGGAAGAGGAAGAACGACGCGCCGUCUUCAGAUACCGAAAGCGACGCCUCCUCUUCCUCUUCUUCUGUACACACUGCGCGUGCCCGAAACCUCCACGCGACUGUUACCUCUUCGGUUUCCCGUUCGUCAUCGCGUUCUUCUUCCCGUUCUUCAUCUCCAUCUUCUUCACGCUCCUCCGCCUCUGGGUCCGACACAGACGACGACGACUCUACAAGUCAGCCCGAAACUCUCACAUUCGGCGUCUAUGCGCUGCGCGAACUCCAAAAAGGUGAAGAGGUGGUGCUUGGUUGGGAGUGGGAUGAUGGCCACGCAGUGCACAUGCUACCAGCCGUGUUGAAGGCGCCGUGGGUAUUUAGCACACCCUGUACACCUGCUUCUUCAAUCAACAACACUUCGACUUCGACUUCGAUACCUCCGCAUUCUCAAAACCGUGAACCCUACAUCGACCUACGCGCUCCAUCUCUUGCAUCCUUCCCCAACCCCGACCUCACCGACACACCCAGCCCCGAAGCACUCACAUCCCUACACGCGCGCCUCUCGCUUACACUGGCAUCCCUCGCAUCGCUCUUUACGACCUGCGCGUGCGGCUCGCGCGCACGAGACUGUGCGCUCACGCAGAUGGCCGCGUUUGUGGAGAGGGUGGAGAGGGUUGGCGUGGAAGGUGUCCGGAGAGGCGUUGGGGCUGGUGCAGGUGUGGCUGGAUGGGAUGUGCCUGGGGGUACGGGUGUUGGGGAAGGCGGAUAUGGAUAUGGAUAUGGAUAUGGAUAUGGUGUGGGCUGGGACGGAAAUGUGCCGGAUCUAGGACCGCUGGUGGGUGCUAAGAGAGGGUUCAAGACAAGAGAGCGAAUCAGGGGGAGUGGUGGGAUGGGUGGAAUGGAAAUUGUUGGCGGUAGCGAUGAUGAUGACGAUGGCAGAGGCCGUGCGCGUGCGAAGGAGAAGGAGAAGGAGCACAGGAAGCGGAAGGACAAGCAUAAGGAAAGGGAAAGGGUCAAGUCGAAGGAUAAGCGGGAUGACAACGAAGCCAAGGUCAAUGGUGUCAACGGACAUGGACAUGUUGGGCUCGAGCUCUCGCCGACGGACGAAGGUGUGCUCCGACGGCGCGGGAAGGGUAAAGAGCGUAUGCGGGAUCUCAGGGAUGGCGUUGACGACACGAAUAAGGAUGUGGACGUGGAGAUGGGUGAUGCGGAACGAGACCCACGUUCGACGUCCAAAAACAAUGCAGAGUCGACGAAAACCCGAUCGCCAGCGCGCAUACACAAGGACCCCGUCUCUCGCAUGCAUCCGACCGCCGAGACUGAGCCUCGCCCUCCUGAUCCACCAGAUGGUUUUGAUCCUGGCAUAAGCAUUACGAUCCACCCUGCACCUUCACCGGAGUCGCAACGUACGACACAGGUCGAGGAGGCGCGGAUGCCGCCCAAGAUGCGCAAGCGGUGGAUGCACCGCGAGGCACAGGUGCUUGCACUUGUUGCUGCAUCUGCUUCUGAGGGCGCAUCUGCACCAGGCAAUAACACUGAGGCAGAUAGUGUAAAACCCUUGGAUAAGGAACAGGAAAGGAGAGAAUUGGCGGAGAAGGUUGAAGUAGAGAAAAUUGCUAGGGAGAAGGUUGAGAAGGUUGCAAAGGACAUCGAGAAUGUGACGGACCGCGUUGGUCUUGGAAUACGGAUCGAGCGCACGCACGAGAACGAGGACGCUGGAAACACAGACACGCGCGAUGCGUUGAUGCCGCCGCCGCCUGCAGUUCUGCCUGCGUCUGCAAUGAUGCCAUCAUCUGGUCCAGCGCCACCACCCGUUUCGUCUCCCGCGACGAGCUCAACUUCCACAGCAAACCCGCCUUUCUCGCCUUCGCCGUUUACAACCGCGCGUCUCCCAACUUCUCCAUCACCGUCUGUAUCUGUAUCGCCACAGCUACCACCACCCAAUGCAGAGACGCAACAGCUGCUUACGCCUAUACAGACACCCGUUGUCCCUGUCCCUGUCCCUGUCCCUACACCAUCUUCCGCAAUAUCCACGACAUCGACGCACGCUGAACCCGUCCAGUCAAGUGCACAUCUCGAAAGAGCGGCUGCCUCGCCGCUCAUGCAGCUUGCGCAUCUGUCGCUGCUGUCGCCUGCGCUGUUGGCUGAGAUGGGCGUGGGACAGCGGGAGAGCCCGAAGAUGCCGUGGUCUGCUUCUGCUCCUGGUGAGGCUGUGGUCGGAGAUCAGCGGGGGAAAUCGUCGGAGGUGGGUGGGGUUGGUGAUGCUAUUGGUGGCCCUAGGGAGGAUGGAAGCGAAAAGGAAAAGGAAAAGGAGUGGACGCCGAUCCGGCGGGCUGGGAGUGUUAUACUGGACCAUGUGCAGGAACGGGAGGAAGAAGUUGCUCGGUAUGGUGAUGAAGGAUCGGGCGAACGUCAGGCGGAGAAGAUGGAUGUGGAUGAAGAGGAUGAGGAUGGGGAUGGGGAGAGUGGCGCGCGGGGAAGAAGAUCACGGACCAAGUCUCCCACGCCCACGCCCAUGCCUGUACACACAGCUGUAUCGGUGUCGAGUCAUGAAAAGGUCGCGCGUGCGGGGUCUCGGACGCCUACGCCUGUGCCCAUUUUGCGAACCUCUGUGGAGAGCGCUACAUCUGUAUCUACGCCAGUGGCUGACUUGGAACGCGAUCGAGAGCAGCAUGAGGAGGAGCAUGAUGCGGAAUCCAUUGUUCAAGUUCGUAUGGAUAUCGAUGUUGUCGACGAAGCUAAGUCUGCACCUUCUCCUCUACCACUCGAAGACGUGCAAGUGUCUGACCAUGCUGGUGUCGACAAACAUCUGCACCGCGAUGACGAGGGCGUAGAGAGCGAGGAGGAGGGUGAGGAAAGGGAAGAAGCGGGUCCACCCCCUGUAAUUGGCACGACUGUGCGUGGAGCGGAGUGGGAGGUUGCUACGCCGCCUCCUUUGACUGGGAUGAGUACGAUGGGUGUUGAAAGUGGCGAGAUUGGAACAGGGGAAGAAAGUGGUGUGGGUCGUGGUGCAGGUGCAGGUGAAGGUGAAGGUGGUGAUGUGGUGAUGGAAGAUGUGAAUGUGGAGCGAGAAGUGGGGAAACCAGUGGAGGAUGUGAUGAAGGAGGAGGAGGAAGGGGAGGGAAUGGGGAGAGAGGAUACACCGAAGAUCGACAUUGCGCCUCCUUCGCCGGUUCAUACAGUCGACGAGCUGUCCGCUUCAACAUCAAGUUCAGAACAAACACCAGCUCCGGGCACAACGCAGCCGAUGCCUGAAGACCGUAAAGACGACACCCCAGCCCAACCCGACGAACAAACCCAAGCCCACGACCCUGCACCAGCUCAACCCGCACCACAGCGCGCGCCCUCGCCACCUGCCGCACCGCAAAAGGUCAAGCUGUCACUCCGCGAUUUUGUGCUGCGCAAGAAGCAGCAGAAGCAGCAGCGCGAGAUGGAGGAGCGCGAGCGCAGUGCGAGUGCGCAGGCGUCGCCGCUGAGCGUGGCGAGUAAUUUGGCGCCGGAGGAUGGGGAUGUGGGGGGUUCUGCUGCUGCUGUUGGGACUGAGGGUGGGGAAGGUGGAGGUGGAGGUGGAGGUGGGGGUGGCGCGAAUGUGGAUGCUGCUCCUGCUCCUGCUGUGGUACAGGGUCUGGAUGCUGGCAAGGCUAUCAGCACUAGCACAGACGACCAUGCCCAAGCGAAGACGCAGCCUGAAGCGGGUAGGAGCCACGAUGUCGACAUGGGUUCCCCAGUAUCGAUACCCAAGCCCGCCCUCACUGGAUCCAGCUAUGACGCGUUCAGCGCCGCCGCGGCUGCCAUUGUGAAUGGCGCGCACAGGCCCCCGCCGCUCCCUCCGGGUGUGACAUCAUCGCCAGUCAAGCGCGCACCGACUCCGCCGCGCAGCUCGCCCCCUCGGCCGUUCUCGCCUACAUUGAUGAGUUUGUCGCCAACGCCGCCUCCCGUGAGUCCACCGCCGGCGCCGCGUUCUGUGUUGAAAACGCCACCCAAGGCCAGCGCCGUCGUUCUUCCCGCGACACGUGAUGUGACUGCUUUGAAUGCGAACGACGCUCCGGCGCCAGUGCAGACGCUCAAAGCGAAGCAGGAGAUGUUGGAUGUCGAUCUGUCUCGUGUCCCUGAAGGAAAUGUGCUUAUGGAAACUCUGCAGAAAGGAGGCCCUGUCUCGAAUGCUAAAUGGGGUGCUGUUGCUGGUAUUGCCAAUGCAAACCCAACUUCAGAUGCCAACGCCAACGCCAAUGGGAAUGGGAAUGGGAAUGGGAAUGGAUGGAAUGUUAAUCGGAGAUCGUAUAGUCCCGGCGCCAAUCCGACUUCUAGCAAUGAAACAAGCCGCCCGAUGCAUUCCCAUUCCCUUCCACAACGAUCCGGCUCCUCGCGGUUCAAUCACGCACAUCCGCACCCGUAUGCCAAUGCUCAAUCGCAGCGCUUGGGUGGUGGUGGUGGUGGUGGUGGUGGUGGUGGUGGUGGUUCGGGCACAGGGUUCACCGCGCGCUCGGUGUCUCCCAUCUCGUCUGACCUCUCCUUCGGUAAUGGUGCGCAGAGGAGCUUCAAUUCCUUGUCUCCGUAUGCGGCGCGCAGUCCACGUGGGGUGUAUCAGGCGCAGGCGCAGGCGCAGUCGCCCGUGCAAGCUCAGUCGCAGUUCAAGGAGAGGGAGAGGGAGAGGGAGAGGGAGAUUGGAGAGGUGUCGCCUCCGCCGUUGCGUAGUGCAGGUUGGGGGUCGGUUGGUAAUGCCUCGAAUCAGAGUCAGAACCAGCACCACCACCAGCAGCACCAGCACCAGCACCAGCACCAGCAGGCCCAGCAGAAUCAGAUCCACAACCAGCCGCUGAUCCGACGACUGGGGCACCAGAUCCAACAUCCUCCAACGGCCGGAAACUCUACCGCCAAAGCAUCGUCCCCGCCGUCUUCCGCUGCGACCGCGCCAUCGUCGCCGUCUAUUCCGUUCCCGAGCGCGGCGUCGAGCUUUGGCUUUUCACACUCUCAUUUGCACGGUAGUACGCCGGCACCGACGUCUGCACCGACACCGACACCGACACCUACGGCGUCCAGUCCGUCGCAUAUUGGACGGCCACCGCCGUCUGCGCCCCGUGCGCCGCGCGCUAUGGGGCUUGGUCUCGGCAUGGGUAUGGGCAUGGGUAUGGGUAUGGGUAUGGGUAUGGGCAUGGGCAUGGGCAUGGGGGGGCCUGGAGCGCAUAGACAGCCGCCACAGGCUCCGAGGGCGCUUAGGCAGCAAUCUGCGAACACGGGUGCGGGUGCGGGUGCGGGUGCGGGUGCGAGCGGUGGGUCGAGUGUGAUGGGUGUCGGGACGGGGAGAAGUACGAGUUGGGGUGGUGGUGGUGGUGGUGGUAGUGAUGCUGGGAAUGGGAAUGGGAAUGGGAAUGGGAAUGGGAAUGGAAAUGGGAAUGGAGCAGUGGGUGUGGCUGGGAGUGCUACGGGAAGCGGAAGCGCUUCGACGGUGCCAGCACCAGCUGCACCACCAGCAGCUGCUGCUGCUGCGCCGACACUGCGCUCACGCAUCGGCCCUCCCCUGGGAAGUUCCAACGCGAAUGCAAACUCUGCUUUGGGUGCUUCUAGAGCGAACGCUGCCAACAACAACAGCAACAAUGUGAGCUCUACUCCAACAACAACAACUACUACUGCUGCUGCUGCUGCUGCUUUGCAGGGUAAUGCACCUGCACCGGAAUCUGUUGCGAAAUCAAAGUCGCUGGCGGGCAAGGAGUCUCCGUCGCCGUUGCAUCUCCCCGCGGUGCAUUAUCCUAACAGGCCGGCGCCGUACUUUCCCAAGGUCGAUGGAAGUGUGACUUUGCCUAGCUCGAGUACGGGCACGGGUACGGGUACGAGUACGGGUACGGGUAUGGGUAUGGGUAUAUCGGCGUCUGCUUCUACGGCCACGGCCACGGCCACGGCCACGGCUACCGCGUCCACAACCCCCGACGAGCAGCGGGAGCGCCCAAACAAGAACACCGCCAGCACAGCCAACGUCAAAUCGAAACCCAAAUCCAAGGCGAAAUCAGGCAAAGAGUCGCCGUUGCAUCUCCCGGCGGUACAUUACCCUACAAUGCCGACGCCGUAUUUCCCCAAGGUCGAGCGUGCGCUGGAACGUGGGUUGUUGUCUGGGUCUGGUGAGUUUGUGGCUGGUGCGGGGCAGAGUGGGGGGAAGGGUGCGGGGCAGAGUGGGGGGAAGGGUUGGGGGGUGAGUUGGACGGCGCGUACGCCUCCUCCUCCGACUGCUGCUACUGGCACUGUGUCCUCUUCCUCUUCCAUUUCCACGGCCAACGACAAUGUGAGUGCAAGUGCAAGUGCGGGUGCAAGUGUAAACGCGAGUGUAAACACCAACGCCACUCCCACUUCUACUUCUACAUCUACAACUACGUCGUCAUCGUCGAACGCCCCGGACACCAUCGAUUCGGACAUGCCGAAGCGCGUCCAAGCUGUGCGGGAGAAAGCGCGGACGAAGCAGGUGGUGGUGUUUGGCGCUGCGGGUGCGGGUGUGGGUGCGGGUGCGGGUGGGGAGCGUGAUGAGGUCGAGCGUGGGCCGAGGUAUUGGGGUGGUGCUAGUAGUAGUGGUGGUGGGGGUGGUGGUAGUGGUAGUCUUGCUGGUAGCGGUGUUGGUGUUCGGGACAGGGAGAGGGAGAGGGAUAGAGAUAGGGAACGGGAUAGAGAUAGAGAUAGAGAUAGGGACAGAGAUAGGGAUAGGGAGAAAGACAGGGACAGGGACAGGGGGUACGCUGGUAGAGGCGGUGGCGGCGGUGGAGGGAGAAGGGGCGGUGGGCCGCCUGCUGGUGGAGAUCGGUGGCGUCCACGGUAA